AUAGUCGAGGGUAUCGAUAAACUUGGUCAGUUGAACGACAAUCAUUGAGUCGUGUGAUUGAUUGGAGUCAUUGGCUUUCAGGUAUCGAAUAGAAACGAUUAUUUAUAUUUCAAAGCUCCAGAUUGAGCAUCGAAAUGGUGGCCCGGAAGGCAGUGAUUCUUGGGAUAUUCGCGGUUGUAUUCGUCGCCGAGUUUCAUUUAGGGACGUCAUCGCAGUGCAUCGUUUGCACCUCAUUGACUGAUGAGAAUUGUAUUUCUCAUCCCGAUAAUUUUAAGUCGGAGGUGUGCUCAGUGGUAACUACAACUACCCAACCAAAUACUGCUGGGCCUGAAACUACAGUUACUACUACUGAAUCUUCAACUUUAUCGUCAACUAUAACGACUCCGGCAACGUCAUCGUCAAGUAAAUUAACGAGUCCGAGUACAAUUACAACUUCGACUGAAGAGACAUCACCUGAAACUACAGUGGUGGAUACAACACCAAGUCAAACUGAAAUUACGACUACAAGUUCGAGUGAAGCUUCAACAAGUGCAGCAACAAUUUCUAGUGUGACCACAUCAAAUACAGCCGCAAAUUCGAGUGAAGCUUCAACAAGUGGAGCAACAACUCCUAGUGUGACUACACCAAAUACAGCCGCAAGUUCGAGUGAAGCUCCAACAAGUGCAGCAACAACUCCUAGUGUGACUCCACCAAAUACAGCCGCAAGUUCGAGUGAAGCUCCAACAAGUACAGCAACAACUCCUAGUGUUCCUUCACCAAGUCCAACAGCAAGUCCGAAUGUAACUACAGCGGCGGAAGAAAUAACUAGUGAAGAUGCAACAACAAUAACCGAAGAAUCAAGCCCUGAUGAUUCAACUAUAUCAGACGGUCCAUCAACUGAUAUUGCAAGUUCUCCAUUAGAUGAAUCAUCUGAAGUAACUCCGAGCACAUCAUUGGAAACUGACCCACAAAGCUCUGCUGGAAACGAUGGGGCAAAUGACUCUCUUUGGAAGCUCAGUACUCCUAAUCCCCGAGGAAGAAUGCUCCCUCCGGUUGAAAAAAGCUUGGGGCGGGCGGGGAAUACUCAGGAGUGCUACAAGAUCGUAUACAAGAAGGACGAUAAGGAAGUAGUGGAGCGUGGCUGCGCUCAGCCACUCGAGGGUUGUGAUAACUUGAAAAUCGGCAAAGAUAACGUCGCAUUCUGUGAGACCUGUACCGGUGACAGCUGCAAUUCAUCUUCAAUGAUCAGUCGCAGUCUGACAUCAGUGCUGUUACUACUUGGAGUAACUUUCUACUUAACACGAUAGACCCUAUUAAUAGAGGAGGCUCCAUGAAUUUUCAUGAGUAUUUAUUAUUCUUCGUGGAAAAAAAAAUAUUAAACUAUCCGAGUGUGUAUUUUUCUUUUUGAAUUGAAUGAAAUAAAGCGAACAAAAUUAA